AGGUAGGCUAGGCUACGGUUAAUAUUGCACAGGAUACCUCACGUGAACUUCCAGGUUAUUGUUUAUUUUCUGUAUUCACAUCUUCCCUGUCGGCAAUCAUAUAAAAAGGCUAGUGUGUAACUUCCUUUGUAGGAUACCUGAACAGUUGCUCUUGUCGUUGAAUGAUCGACCGUUAUUGGUUUUAGGCAACAUAGCCUAGUUUCCCAUCCAUGCCAGGUGAAGUCUUGAAGCUCCCUCGUCCAUUCCUCACCAUGGGGUUUGGAAGCGCUGGCGAGCCUCAACCUCUGCCUCAGGGCGACCAACAUCCCCAGUGGAAAGAGAUGAGUUUCUGCGAGGGCCCACGCCACUCAGAACAGAUCCUCCAGGUGCUCAACGUCUACCGCCGCAGCGGCACCUUCACCGACAUGGUCCUGCAGGUGGACAGCAGUGAGUUCCCAUGCCACCGCGCCAUCCUCAGCGCCGGCAGCAUCUACUUCCGCACGAUGUUCAACGGGCAGCUCCGCGAGAGCCGCCAGCAGCUGGUGCGCAUCCAGGGCAUAGGUGCCUCCACCAUGGAGACGGUGCUCAACUUCGUGUAUGAGGGCAAGGCGGUGCUGGAUGAGGCCAACGUGGGAAGCGUGUUCGGCGCCGCCGACAUGCUGGGUGUCAGCGUGCUCAGCAAGGCGUGUGUGCAGUUCCUGGAGGAGCGUAUGGACCACUCCAACUGCCUAGGCAUCAUGGACUUCGCUAGCUCAUACCUCAUCACGCCUCUGGCAGACAAGUGCCAGACUAUGUUGUACAGGGACUUUGUGGAGGUCUACAAGCACGAAGAGUUCCUGAGCUUAGCCAAAGAGCGUGUGGUGGAGCUUCUGACCAGCGAGCAACUCCAGGUGGACAAGGAGGAGGUGUUGGUGGAGGCAGUGCUGAAAUGGGUGCACCACGUGCCCGCAGAAAGGAAAGGGGCCCUCCAGGAGCUGUUGGAGCUAGUGCGUCUGCCUCUGGUGGACCCUGUUUUCUUCGUCAAUGUGAUAGAGUCGGACGACCUGGUCCAGGACUGCAGGGAGUGCCGGCCACUGCUGCAGGAGGCCAGGAUGUACCAUGUCCUGGGGAGGGAAGUGGACUCUGUGCGGACCAGACCGAGAAAGUGUAUGGGGAGAGUGGAGGUGAUCGUGGUGAUCGGAGGCUGUGACAGAAACGGCUUCUCCAGACUGUCCUUCACUGAGAAACUCAACCCUUACACAAAAGAGUGGGUGCCCGGUGCCACCAUCCCAGGAUACUCUAAGUCCGAGUUUGCCAGUUGUGAGCUGCAGAAUGAAGUAUACGUGUCAGGAGGCCAGUUGAAUAGCUCGGAUGUGUGGAAGUACAUGCCCCAGGUGGACCACUGGGUUCGUGUCGCCUCCUUGGCCAAGGCCAGGUGGAGGCACAAGAUGACUGCUCUGCUUGGAAAGCUGUAUGCAGUGGGAGGCUUCAAUGGGCUGGAGCGCUUGUCCAAUGUGGAGUGCUACAGUGUCUACGACAACCAGUGGCGGACUGUAGCCCCUUUACUGCUGGCCGUGAGCUCAGCGGCUCUUGUGGGCUGCUCUGGCAAGCUCUACGUCAUUGGUGGGGCCGUGAACAAUGACUGCAAUACCAACAAGGUUCAGUGCUAUAACACAGAAGAGGACCAAUGGCAGUAUGUGUCAUCCUGUCCCUUCUCUCAGAGAUGCAUCAAUGCCACCGCACACAAUAACACCAUCUAUGUGGUGGGAGGACUCCUGGACCAGAUUUACAGCUACACACCAAAGACCGAUAACUGGAGCAAAGUGGUGGACUUGCCAAUGAAACUGGAGAGCUGUGGCCUGACUGUGUGUGAGGGGAAGGUCUACAUCGUCGGGGGGAGAGAUAGUUGUGCCUCGGCCACCGACCAGGUUUGGGCCUACAGUCCUGAGAGCGGCAAGCUGACAGACGAGAAGCCCAUGUCACGCAGUGUCAGCUACCACGGUUGUGUCACUGUCACCCAGUGGCCACCAAAGAAGACCCACUGAGGUGUAGGUGGAAGUUGCCACUAGACGCUGAUCAUGGGUCAGUUAUACUAAUGGUUAAAGUUAGUUUUGGGGGAGGAGAAGCUGAUCCUAGCUCUGUACCUAGGGGAAUCUUCACCACAGAACCUGGGCUGCUGCCUGAUGUUUGGCAGUUGACUGAAUCAUGUUCCCAUAGCCUGCUACUAUUGGAUGAAAGUACUUACAACUCCCUCGCCCAUCUAUAGACCACAAGAAUGAUAAGAGGCGACAAGAGACGCCUCAGACCUCACGUUUUGAGGUUGUUGCUUCAACGCCUUGUCAGUUGUGUAUUUAUGUAAUAUGUUGUUAGAUGCCAUUUCAUUGAGGAAGAGGCCCAGAACAUACACUACCGUUCAAAUGUUUGGAGUCACUUAAAAAUGCAAAUUUUUCGUCCAUUAAAAUAACAUCAAAUUGAUCAGAAAUACAUUGUAGACAUUGUUAAUGUUGUAAAUGAC